CAGCGUGGCGAGUAACUUAACGUAGGUUGCAAUGUCGCUGUCGACGCUAUGAACGAGAGUCGUUGCUACGCCGAUUCGCCUGUGCUCGGUGUGCAUCAGUCAUUCAACCGGAAUGGGAAGGCACUUAGAGGAUCGAAGAAAAGUGUGCUGUUCUAUACGACUGACUGCGGCGACGAGAAGGAAGAUUUGGGAUUCAAACUUCAGCAACGAUCAGUGUCACUGACUGCUCUACAUACUGGGGCUGGUUCGCAGCAACAACUUCUUGAACCCAGAAUGGCGCAACUGGAGACCUUGGAGGCGAAGAUGGCCAGCAUAGAAGUUUCUUUAUCGACAACGCCGAGACGCAAAAAGGGUGGAAGCGUUUCUGGUGGAAUCGCAUCACCUGCUGGACAUCGGAACAAGGAUCAUUACAAGGAAUUGGAUGCCCUUCGAGUUGCAUUACGUGACAAGGAAAAUAUUAUUCAAACACUAAAAGGACAACUAUGCAACACCCUAACCAACCGACUGGCCUUGCGCAACGGUGCACCACCUUUGACCGAGGCGGACAGGAAAGCCACCGAGGAACGACUUCAGAGGUUACGCCGCGAUGCGGACAAUAAGCGGCUGGCGAUUAAGAAUUUAAAACUCGCGCUCGAACGCCUCGACAUUACUGACAAUAUCGAUGUUCGAAUUCAGCAAGCAGAGUUGGAGUAUAGACUUGGUCGGGAAGAACUCGAACUUCUGACUCUUCGUGAAGAAAGUCGAGCUCUUCAAGCUGCUCUAGAGUUGGCGGAGACUCAUGAGAAACAAAAAAAUGACACGAUAUUCAGUUGUAUUACUGGUUCUACACAAGUCACGGUCCAUGCAGUGGAGGUUACUGCAGAUCCAAAAAGUCCUCGUUUUGGUGCGGGACCGAGGGGAGACACUCCUGGCCUCUACGUCGAUUGGGCAGUCGACGAUUCCGGGCUGUGCAAGGGAGACAGGAUUCUGGAAGUGAAUGGAAAGCUCGUGGUGGGAGCCGGAAGGAGCGAUUUGGCGAGGCUCCUGGCGGUCGCGCCUGACGCUGCGCAAAUCGUGGUCCUUCGAAAAGGUGAAUCCCUCGCAGCGCUCCGCACACUUCGAUCAGAUAACCUCAGGCUGACUCACAGAAUCGGAUAUCUCGAGGAACAGGUUAGGGAUCUUUUGGCACCAAGCAGAGCCGAGGUUCCCGCGGAUCCUCCGCCAACUCGCCAUGAACAAGUUCAGGUUUUUCAGAAGGGACCACAAGUGACUGCAUUAGUGGCAAACCUUCCUGGUCUGAACGUGAGGAAUUCAAUGGAGCUGCGACAAAGUUUGCCCACAGUAAGAAGCAGGCACAGCGAGCAACCGAAGCGGUUAAUGGACCCAAAGAGUUUGAAGGAUAUCGAUUUAUCAGACGGUGUUUCGAAUAACCAGAAUAAAUCGAGACACAGGCCGAAGCAACAAGGAUUUCAACUGACCGGGUCAACAGCGAGCCUGGAUUGCAAACAAACGCCAAUACAGUCUCAACUGCAGCGCAGAAGACCGCCACGUGUCGAGUCAUCUAUGGAACAUUUAUCGAAGAAUCGCAGAAAUUCGUCGCAAACGCAGUCUUUGGACUUCGAUUCUGAGCCAACCUAUUAUCGGUUUCACGAUACACAGUCCCGUGCAUCGGAGAAUUCCGACGCAUCAGUGAUGUACAGUUCGCAAGAAACGAAAUCCCGUCCAGCACCACCGAAGAAACCGCUCCGAUUGUCUCUUCAUCGUGCGGCGAGUCUUCAAUCGGUGGAAAGCGCACCGCCCGCUGGUCAUCAUGAUAUAACGAAAAAAGCAACGAAACGGAAUCACAAAGGCGAAUCACCGUCGGAGAAACUUGGACGAGGAGAAACGAGCGAAGAAACGUCAUCCAGUCAAACACAAAAUUCCCAGUAUAAUCCGUCUCAACCAUCGCCAAGAACACCGUCCAGAGCAGAGUCCUGUCAGAGUGCACUGCGAUGGCCGUCACCGAAACCGAGGCCACAUCUGACAUCCGUUACGAUGGAGAAGUGGUGUUAA